AUGGCGGCGGCACUCGGCGGUCAGUACCUGCUGGGUGGUCGCGAAGUCCACGUGAGAUAUUCCGACGAAACCUGCUGGUGGCAUCGCCGCGUCGUGAUGUGCCGUUGCCCGCUCGAAGUCUACCGUCGAGUGAUGGGGGGCGAGCCCUACACGGACACCGACGCGAUGUAUUGGACUAUGACACCAUACUUCGACGUGCACCCCGAAGAGCUGACAGUCCCACCUCUGAUGGGCAUCGUGGGAACUACGCCAAACGGGACCCUCCUGCCAGGCUCGGCGAUCGACCGCACCUCACACUUGAAUCUGGUGCACGCAUCCCCUCCGCUCCCGACGCCCGCAGCCUUCGCGGAGGCGCUGCGAGCCUGCCUACGCGAGGUAGCCCAGGGCGGUGGUGCGGCCGAUCACGGCAUCGUGCCCGCGGAACUUCCGCUGGCGCUGCCGGAACGCAGCCCCCAGGACCAGGCGGUGUUCGACGUGGUCAAGGGGGUGUGUCUGGCGUCUGGGCUGGUCCAUCUGCCGCCUGCCACGGGCGGGUGGCGGCGCGUGUCAGGCAGCGGGCUCAGCGACGCAGACUUCGACACCGACGCUAAGGAUAAGUACCUGUACGCUCCUGGGGUCGCGCUCGUCAGCCGCAAUGGAGAGCUGGCCGUGCUCGUUGACUGCGCGGAGCGGGCCGCCGUGGCAUCGCCGGAGCUGGACGCCAGGAUCUUCGAGAUCUCGCGUGACAAGUUGGGUAAGCGACACAAGGAUGUGAAGGAGGCCAUCGAUUGCUGCACCGUGAGCGCGUGGGACAGUUGUCCGUUGACGGGACCUCGCACGGUGAUGUGGUACCUCACUUUCGUCGUCCAUGCAACGGUCAGCCCAGAGCCAGGCGUGUUUUACCACGAGAUUGCCAUGAAGGCUACAGAGUGUAUGCUCACGCAUGAUCAGUCGAAUGCGCCCAAGCUCGUGUUCGCAGAGCUUUUCCUUCGGAAGGCGCAGCUGGCUGAGUUCAGGGAGAGCACGGUGGCCAAGGAGAGGCGCAAGCUCCCCGAGGAGCGGCAAUUGGCCCGCGCGUCUCCAGCCCUGGUGCCCAGCCAGUCGGCCGCUGCUGCCAUCGUCGCAGGUGCCAACCCGCUGCGCUCACUAACGGGCGCCCCCGCUAACCCGAAGUCCAUGGCGACGGCUAAGGGCGAGGGCGGCAAGGCCACGGCGGGCCCCACCGCCGCGCCCGAAGCAUGA